AUGCAUCGCACCUAUUCUAUGCGCCAGUCGCGCGUGCCCACCGCCUCGCAGAUCGAGAACCCUCCCCCGCCAUUGUCCUCCACCAAGUCGAACAGACUCUUCGGAAAGGGUGGCUUCGGCCAUGCCCUGCGCAAGAACGCCGCCGGCGCCUUCGGGCCAGACCUAGCCCGCAAGCUCUCCCAGCUCGUCAAGAUGGAGAAGAACGUCAUGCGCAGCAUGGAGAUGGUGUCCCGGGAGCGCAUGGAGACUGCUCAACAACUCUCCAUCUGGGGUGAGAACUGCGACGAGGAUGUGUCUGACAUCACCGACAAGCUCGGUGUCUUGCUUUAUGAGAUUGGAGAGCUCGAGGAUCUCUUCGUUGAUCGUUACGAUCAGUACCGUGUUACCAUCAAGAGCAUUCGCAACAUCGAGGCGUCCGUCCAGCCCAGCCGUGACCGCAAGCAGAAGAUCACCGAUGAGAUUGCCAAGCUCAAGUACAAGGACCCCAACUCUCCCCGCAUCGUCGUCCUGGAGCAGGAGUUGGUCCGCGCGGAGGCCGAGUCGCUCGUUGCCGAGGCCCAGCUCUCCAACAUCACCCGCGAGAAGCUCAAGGCCGCCUUCCAGUACCAGUUCGAUGCGCUCCGCGAGCACUGCGAGAAGGUGGCGCUGAUCGCCGGCUACGGCAAGCACCUGUUGGAUCUGAUCGACGACACACCAGUGACGCCCGGUGAGACUCGCCACGCCUACGACGGCUACGACGCCAGCAAGGCCAUCAUCCAGGACUGCGAGGAGGCGCUCGCCAACUGGGUCACCUCCAAGGCCUCGGUCAAGUCCAACCUGUCCACCCGCUCGCGCACCCUGUCGCAGCGUCGCCGCGAGGGCGUGAACAAGAGCCGCGAGGGUGUCGACCUCUCCGGCCAGGACCAGCCUCUGGGCCGCGACUCGUGGGUGCCCGCCGACCAGCACUCGUCCUACCACCACGAUGUAGAGGAUGGUGAGGAAGUCGCCAGCACUCUGGACGGUGAGACCCGGGGCCGCGAGGAGGAGCGGGAGCCCGAGACAGCCGUUUAG